GCCUGCGCGGACGCAGCUAGAACCCUGAAAUUCAUUAUGCGUUUAAAAGCUUUAUUUAUUUCCGCAUAACCUACAUAAUCUCACCAGGAGGCCAAAGCGGGAAAAAACGACAACCAGCCAUUUCAUUCGGAUCCAUAACAUAUCAUACUUAAAGAAAUAGAAAUUAGUCGGUAGUAAUAUUGUUAAGAAAGUGGUAGAUUUGAAUAUAUUAAGAAAAUGUCCGGAGAGAGAAACCGCAGGUCGCUGGCGUUCCGAGGAGGUGGAUUAGCGGUAACCAGCUCCAGUGGUGUCGGUGGGGGCAACAGUAACAGCUGGGAGGCCCAGGCCUGUCAAGAUCGACAUUUGAACGGGAACAGGCCAGAUCAAGAAGAGGAUAGGGAUCUGGGUGCAAAAGGACCAUCGCAAGGGAGAGUGGAGGGUGGGGGGUCUGUCAGUGAUAGCACAGAACCAGAGGCUGAGGAGGAAGAGGACCCGGAAGGGGGCAACUGGGCAACUGGGGUAGGAGAGGAUCGUGUCGGUUGGGUGGCAGUAGCUGUCGGAGAAGACGAGUCCAGGGAAGGGAGUAGCCGGACAGCGGGUAACUGCCUGAACAGCGAGGACGGCGCUGACUUGGGCAGCGGGGGCACGGGAUCCGAGGACGACAGAGGCGAAGCUGCCAGGAAAUCUUGGGUAGAAAUGAGACCGCAGACGCUACUGCAGAAACACUCCCAAUUCCAAGCUUCAUGGCUACAGGAGUUUCCAUGGCUCACAUUUUGUCAGGAGACGGGACUUAUGUCCUGCUCCUGGUGUCACAACAUUCCCACUAAAAACAACGACGAGCUGGUCAGAGGUAGUCGAAAUUACAAGCGGGCCUUGCUGCUGAGACAUCACCUGUCUUCUGAGCACGGAAGGAAUGACCCGACAAAGCAGGAGCUGGAGCGGCCUGGCUGUGAGGACCCCCCCCAGGGAACAGACAUGGAGACAGAAGACUACUACAGUAAUAACAAACCUAACCAGGACUCGUACUGCUACCAGCUGCUGCAGGAACUGGACAAACAACGCAAGGGAGGAAUCCUGUGUGACGUCAACAUCGUUGUGAGCGGAGAGGUGUUCCGGGCGCACAAGAACAUCCUCGUGGCCGGGAGCCGCUACUUCAAGACCCUCUACUGCCUGACCAAGAGCGAGAACUCCUCCUCUUCCUCAUCCUCGCCAUCUGACCAGACGACCACAGUCACUGUCACCCAUCUCGACGUGGCGGCCGGGGCGGGGUUCUCAGUCAUCCUGGACUUCCUGUAUAGCGGUAACCUCCUACUGACCAGUCAGAACGCCAUCGAGGUGAUGUCCAUGGCCUCUUUCCUCCAGAUGACGGAGGUGGUGGGAUCGUGUCGGGCGUUCAUCAAGGAAGCCCUCAACAUCAGCAUCAAGCAGGAGGCCCCCGACUCAGUGGUGGUGGAUUACAACAAGAGGAGAACGGUGGCCAAAGAUGGAGCUGGACAGGUGGGCUCGGACGGCAGCACCAACAAGAAGCCUGGAUGUAACUUCUGGGCCACCAGCAUCCUGUCCAAGCUGUCGAUAAAAGCCAGUGGUCAUGUCAACAAUGGGGAGCAGGUAGGGGGAGGCAGCGUGAAGGAGGAGCCCAGUGAUGUGAUGGUAUCUGCGGGGGAGGGCUGCGCCCUGGGGAGCUCCGGCUGGGGCUGUGAGAACUCGUCCGAGUCGGCUGAGAACGAGCCUCCGAGCGUUCCGGGGCCGGUGUUCGUCUGGAACGAGCCGGCUCCUGGGGCGGCGGCGGGCGGGCCGGUGGCGGUGAAGCGUGAAAAUCAGAAGGCGGAGCCGGGGAGCGGGCGGAGGAAAAAACAGAUCACACGGCGGUUCGUCUACAACAUCCCACCGGAGUCAGAGGAAGGGUUUGACGAGGGGAUGUUCGUCCAGCCCUCAGCCUCCUACCCCAGGGAGGACUUCUCCUUCCUCUCUGAGAAUGCCGAACUGGCCAAUCAGUUCCAAUACAGCCUCCUACAAGAGUCCCAGCAAGGGGAGUCCUGGGAGAAUGGCGAGUCGUCCGACAUAGCCCUGAAUAAGCUCAAGUGUCCCCACUGUAACUACAUCGCCAAGCACCGGAGAACACUAAAGAGGCACCUCAUCAUUCACUCCGGCGUCCGCUCCUUCAGCUGCGACAUCUGUGGCAAGCUGUUCACCCGCAGAGAGCACGUCAAGAGACAUUCCCUGGUGCACAAGAAGGACAAAAAGUACAAGUGCAUGGUGUGCAAGAAGAUAUUCAUGCUGGCGGCCAGCGUGGGGAUCCGGCACGGCUCACGGCGCUACGGCGUGUGUGCGGACUGUGCUGACUCCCACCAGGCCACGCAGGGGGGCCUGGAGUCCCUGGAGGUGUUCGUCCGCGAGGAUGAUGACUUUGAGGGGGAGGAGCCUGACGAGGACAUGGCUGGGGAGGGGGAGGAGCCUAACGACAACGACCAAUCCAACUUGGAGGGUGACACUAGUGCCGCCCCAGAGGAUGACUAGCUCAGAUAGAAACAAACAAAAAAUAGUUCAAGAUUUUUUUUACAUUUAAAUAAAGCUGGUAAACAAUCAACAACUCCAAAGUGCUAUCAAACCUUGAGGUUUCUUACACGGUUUAGUGUGUGAGACAAAGAGAGAAGCUUUGGUAGAGCAGGACUCCAAGAUGUACAGAUAUGCUAUGUGUCGCUCUGGGCCUAGUGCUCACUAGAGAAAAAUUUAAUAUUGAAAUCAGGUUUAUGGUGAUUUUGUUUUUUGGGGGGGGGG